UGCAUAAAAGCACAGUUGUAGGAGGAGACAGCAUUGAGAUUGUGAGGACCUGCGUUGUGACACUCAAGACUCUUUUCUCUAGUGUUGGAUUUGUAUUACGCACCAGCAUCAUGUGUAAAGGGCUCGCUGCCCUCCCAGCAACAUGCUUGAAAAGCGCCAAAGACAUAAAGCAUAAGAUUGGCUUCCUGCUUCAAAAGCCAGAUCCACCUAAAGAGCAGAAGUCUCUGAAGGAGAAGGAGAAGGAGAAAGAGAAGGAGAAAGCAAAGGUCACUGUGGUGAACAGAGUUCCUCUUGCUGAAAUUGAGAAAUGGAAAACAUCUUUUAACAACCUGAUCAAAAAUGAAGAUGGUCGGAAGGCUUUUACUUCCUUUUUACAGUCCGAGUACAGUCAGGAGAACAUUGAAUUCUGGGAAGCCUGUGAGGAUUUCAAGCAGACAUCAGUUGACAAGAUGAAUGUGAAAGCUAGAAAGAUAUUUGAGCGAUACGUUGAAGCCGAUUCCCCUAGCGAGGUGAAUUUGGAUUCGGCCACCAGAGAACUCACUAGAAAGAAUCUGGAAAUGUGUGAUGCAUCCUGUUUUGAGGAGGCUCAGAGUAAAAUCUUCACGCUUAUGGAAAAGGACUCGUACAGGCGCUUCCUGAAAUCCAAACUGUUCCUGGAACUGUCUCAACCUCUGUUGGACAACAAACCCUGUAGUUUAGAGAAGAAAGGAAAGCGUCACAUUUCUGACCGCAGUCAGUGCUUGCCUAGUUAUGCCUAAGCAAACCAUCUCCUCCUAGAUGAACAAAGAAUAUUAGGAACUUUGCCAUAAUGUGAGUUCAACUCAUUUGGCUUUGUAAAGCUUGUUCAUGUUUAUGAGUAUAAAGGUGGAGUUCAUUAGAUGGUUCAGUCAUUGUGAUUGUAACACUUUUAGCUUUGCAGCAGCAUUGAAAGUGUGUAGUUAAUCACUGCAUGAUGGUCAUGUUCUGAACGGGUUUUGUGCAGGCAAUGUUUUUACCAUCAACAGAAAUAACCUGCAUCUACUCUUCAACCUUGAAAUUCCAUUGAAUUGGCUUUGGGAAAACAGUACACCUGUGAUGUAGUUUACAACUAAAUGACUGUUACAGACAGAAAUAGAUUUUUGCUUCGGAUUUUAUUUGAGCUCUGAUGAGAAUAGGACCAUUAACAUCACUAAUAACCAACUUUAUUCUCUUCACACUUGUAAUGUUAUGUAAUCCGUAUAUUUAUAUAUGUUUAUGUAUAAGCUCUUUUAACUUCAGAGGUGAUGUAUGUUCUUUCUACUUAAAAUGUGAAAUUUACAGCAUUUUCUUUUUGUAUUGGCCACUCUUCACAAUCCACAAAAUGACAAGUGAAUGUGAUGAAUGUGCAUGUGCAAUAUAUAUCCUGUCACUGCCAAUGAUUUACAAUGCGUUCCACAGUGAAACCGUCUUGGCUUUAAGGCAGACAUUACAUAUCAAACCACAAAUGCUCCUGUUUGAAUAAACGGCCAAAUGUGAAUUGUUUACAUAUUUGUUUACUGGUUCCAUAUUUAUUUGUGUCAUAUUCAUGAAUAAAAUGACAUCAUAAAAUUCAAAUGGUCUCAU